UAUAAAGUUUGUAUUUAUAAAAAAAAAAAAAAAAAAGAACUGCAAAAAAUCUUUUCAGUUUUGUUAAAGCCACCAUGAAAAUGAAAUCCUCCAUAAACAGUUAUAAGCCAGUGUUAUAGAUAAAGUCCACAAAAUUCCCAUCUUUGCCAUGACAAUAGUCCUUCAAAUCUCCAUUAAUUUCUCAGCCUGCCAGUUGAGAACUUUGCAUGAUGACAUAUUCAAGAAAUCCAUUAAGUUGAAUCUUCUACCGAGGAGAAAAGUUGGUGCUUUUCAUCACAACCGGUUCAGAGUGAGGGGUUGUAGGGAGAGAUGGUCAUUCUCUGGAGCGGUUAGCAGAGAAGGUGGGAUCUUGGUGAAGGGUGAGAAGUGGAAGGGAAAGAAAGGAUCGGUUUUGGUGAGGUUUAAUCAGGGCUUUGGUUUUAAUGGCGGUGGAGGAAGUGGUGGUGGUGGUGGUGGUGGUGGUGGUGGGAGUGAUAAUGGUGCCACUGCUAGGCUUCUGGGUAAUAUAGCUUUCGCUAUUGGAUUGACCUAUCUUUCAGUUACUGGGCAGCUUGGUUGGCUGUUGGAUGCAAUUGUUUCCAUUUGGCUAUUUGCAGUAAUUGUACCAAUAGUUGGUUUGGGUGCUUUUCUCUGGUGGGCAGGACGGGAUAUAGUUCAAGAUAGUUGCCCAAACUGUGGAAAUGAUUUUCAGAUUUUCAAAUCUACCUUAAAUGAUGAUUUGCAGCUUUGCCCUUUCUGCAGUCAACCUUUCUCUGUGGUGGAUAAUAAGUUUGUAAGGGACUCUGUGAAGUUCUCCAACCAGUCUACUACAUUUGGACAGGCGUUUAAUGAUUUUUAUAGUUCCAGAAAAGAUAAGGAUUCUUCUAAGUCAGUUGUUGAUGUUGAAGCAGAAGUAAAAGAUGCAGACUGAAGCCUGACAGCGGUAACCACCUGCUAUGCUGUAAAGAUCCUUAAUAUAAUGAUAAAAAAAUAGUUUAUUAGUGGAAAAAGCAUAUGGAUGAAUGAGAUUUAUGAGUUCUGUUAAACACUCUUGAUAGGAUUAAUAAGUAAUAAUUUUGGGAGGAUUUCAAAUUGGUUGUGUUAUAAUUUUAUCAGUAUUUAAAUCUUCUUCUUCUCCUUAACAUUAGAUGUCUGAGCUGAAGAAUCCUCUGAAGCAGGUAUAUUAUUGUCGUUUUGAGCCGGAGUUACUCUCAUGUCACGACCCAUUGAGGUAGGAAAAGAAUGGUGACAAAGUCACAUCAUAUGUAAUCUGAGUUUUGACUACUAAUAAAUGUGUCAUAUGUUGUAUAUUACUUGUUAACACUAAUUGAUUAUCCCCUCCCAUUUUUUUAUUUUUAUUGUUAAUUUUGUAUUUAUAUUAAGUCUGUUGAGAGCACAUGGUAUUACUGUAUUAGUUUAAGUUGUAAUUGAGAAUCUUUUGGUUCCAUGAGUGAUAAAUCUUGCUGCUAAUUCAGCCUAUGAAAAAACUUUGGUUUACUCUA